CGAGGUGUGAGGAGAAAAUGAAAAAAUAAAUUAGGAAAAGAAAUGGCAGUUACUCGAGAGAAAGAAAAUUGUUCAAGAAAAAUUAAUGGAAAUAUACCUGCCUUAUCCCUCAAUAGUGAUAAUAUGUCGACAUCUACUGAUAGUGAUGAUGUAGCAGAUCCCACAUAUGAAAUACGGAACAUUCAAAGUAUUAUUAACGUGACCCGUGAAAACAUUGACGCUCUAAAUGCAAAAUUCGCUGGUUUCCAGCAUCCCCCUUCGUUAUAUUUAUCGGAAUACCAAGAGUUGACAUCGAAGUUACACGACUUAGAGACUAGGGAGCGGACUUUACGUGAAUUGUUACAGACUGACUCGCCGGAUAGGAGUGAAGAGUGUUCUUUGCAGGAUGACUCGAAGAAGUACGAUACCCUCACGCGGCAGCCGAAGGUGUUCCUUCGGGCGCACCUGCCGAACCAGCAGCGGACCAGCGUGCAGGUUAAAGAAGGGGUGACGUUGCGAGACGCGCUUUCCAAAGCGCUAAAACUUCGGAACUUGACGUGUGAAAUGUGUGAAGUGGUUAGGACAGGCAAUAAUCAGGUGAUACCGUGGGAUGUGGACAUAACUAGGAUUGACGCAGAGGAGGUGACCGUGCGAACGCUGGACAAGCUGCCGAUCAUGUCGCACAUAUCGCACCAGUUCACGCGCAAGACCUUCUUCACGCUGGCCUUCUGCGAGUGCUGCCGGCGGCUGCUGUUCAACGGCUUCUACUGCUCGCAGUGCAACUUCAAGUUCCACCAGCGCUGCGCGGACAAAGUGCCUAGCAUCUGUCACCAGGUGGGUCUGCCAGCUGCCCUGUAUAUCGCAGCAGGUCACGCGAGACGUCCCUCACGCUGCCUUCUGCGAGUGCUGCCAGCGGCUGCUGUUCAACGGCUUCUACUGCUCGCAGUGCAACUUCAAGUUCCACCAGCGCUGCGCGGACAAAGUGCCUAGCAUCUGUCACCAGGUGCGGAUGACAGACACGUACUACGCGGCGCUGUUAGCGCAGAACCCAGAAAGACAAGCGGGCAUCCUGCACUUUCCGCCUCACUUUGGCUACCAUCCUAUGAUGCACCGCGGCGAUCAGAAGCAACAGCACCCGCGGUCGCUGAACCAGCAGGACCGCUCCAACUCGGCGCCAAACGUCUGCAUCAACAUGGUGCAGAGGCCCAUGACGCUGCCGGAGCACCAGCCUAAAUAUAACCAG